UAUCAUAUUUCCUCUUAUCUGUGUGAAAAUCUCACUACCUCUCGUUCUGCAGUGAUCGCAGCAUAGCGCAUGGAAAGCUCGUUCAUGAAAACGCGCCUCGACUGUCUGCUUACCAGCAUAAUAUAUUGAAGUCUGGACUUCACCGUUAUUCUAGCCUACCAUUAGGGUACUACGGUAGUUGGACUCUGCUGGGCGUCUGUUUUUCGUGUAGGCAUAUAAUAAUAACCAUCGUGGUGUGCCCAUACACAAAAGCAAUGGAAGAGCAGUCAAAGAAAUCUGGUGCCGAGCAGAAGAAACUAAUUGUUGCAGUUAUUUUUCUCUUGAUUGUCAUUGGCAUAGUCGUAGCCAUACUUGCGCUCCUUAUGCAAGGAGAUGAAUCGAUUGAUCCAAGAUAUUUUCAAAAAGCGUCAUGUGAAGUUGAAAAUCCAUCACCAAUAGAAGCAAAUGCUUGCUUGAGGGCUGAUUGUACGUUCGUUCCAUCAGUUUGUGAUACUUCUUGUCCAUUCGACUAUGAAACUGAUCCCGUAACUAAAUGUCAAGUUAGUUGCGAAUGUGCACCUUCUGGACUUUAUCAAGGGGAUAUCAUGUUUGUUCCUCAACAGGUCAAAGCCAUGUCCGAAAGGUACGGAUAUGCCGAUAAGGACGAUUUUGAUCUUUUUUAUGGAUCCGCUGAAUCUGAUACUAUAUUAUGGAACGAAAAUGAAGUUAAUGGAAGAUAUCAGAUUGGAUAUGUUUACGAAACUACAAUAAAGCCAUCUGUGGCAAAGAACAUAGAAAAAGCUAUGAAGAUGAUAGCAGAAGACACAUGUAUUGAUUUUGUGCCUCAUACAAAUCAAGAACAUUACAUUAGGUUUGACAUCACGGACGGAUGUGCGUCAUAUGUUGGAAUACUUAAAAACUCAAAGACCCCGCAGACUGUUUCAAUAGGUUGGGGUUGUGACGAAUCGGGAACUGUUCAUCAUGAGCUCAAGCAUUUGCUCGGAUUCGAGCAUGAACAUUGUAGAGCUGAUAGAGAUGCGUACCUUACAGUGAAAUUGGAAAAUGUUGAAGAGGGUAUGGAAUACAACUUUGUUAAAAUAGAAAAAGAAAAUGCCAUAAUGAUUGGAGUACCUUAUGACAUCACGUCACUGAUGCAAUACCCAAGUGGAUCUUUCCUGAAAUUCCCUGGAAGAUAUACGGUGGUGGAAUAUGGAACGGAAUUGCCAAUCAAUUUAACUUUUUCGGGGACAAGAUAUACCGAAUAUGAUGCAUUUGAAAUCAACCAACUUUAUGGCUGCCUGGAUUCUGUAACAACCGCAACAUGGACUGAAUGGGGUGAUUGGUCACCUUGUGAUUCAACUUGUGAAAAAGGAGAAAAAUAUAAAUAUAGAAGAUGUGAAAAUGCUGAGGGAAAGCAUGUCAUUGGAUGUCCUGGAGAACCACUAAUGAUUGAACCUUGUUCUAUACGGACAUCUUGUCCACCAAAAAAUAUCUGGAAAGAAUGGGGAGAGUGGGGUGAAUGUGAUGUCACAGAAUCCCAAAGCUUUCGAAUGAGGUCACGACGAUGUGCUUUAUUAUUUGACGGAUGUAAAGGCGGGAUUGCAGUUAAUAUAGAAGAUUGUCCUAUGGAAAUUGAGCCUACUAAAACUUGGGGAGCCUGGAGUGAAUGCUCUGGUACUUGUAAUGGACAAAGAGUAAGAGGAAAACUAUGUAAUGGUCAACCUUGUCCUGAUGGAAUACCUCACUAUGGCUUCUGCAAUACUGAAUGUGGAGCUCUACCUACAACUGGGAAAGCAACAUGGAGUCAGUGGACGGAAUGUACUGAAACCUGUGAUGGUAUACGCACCAGGCAAAGAUUGUGUGGAGAUACGUUUUGUGAAGGGUCGUCUCCUGUGAAUGAAGGAUGCGGUGUAGGAAGAUGUGGGCAUCGAAAUUGGAUGUGGAGUCAGUGGAAUGAGUGCUCUGCUACCUGUGAAGGAAUGCAAACCAGGCGUAAAAUAUGUGUAUCGGGAGAAUGCCCAGGCGAAGAAUCAAGAGAAUGUAAUUCUAAUUCAUGCUCGGCAACUGAAGGUUCUUCAUAUUCAUCAACAUUGUACACAACAACAACAACACCUGGAUCAUAUUCAUCAAUAUUGUACACAACAACAACCCCGGAAUCAUAUUUAUCAACAUUGUACACAACAACGACAACAACAACCACACCUGAAAAUGCAGGAGAUUGGGGGCUUUGGGCGAGUUGUUCAGCUACUUGUGAUGGCACGAGGGUCAGGCAAAGAACAUGCAGGACAUUCUGUUAUAAUCCUGAAACAGAAACAGAGGAUUGUAACGUUGGAUUGUGUAGCUCAGACAGAGGGGCAGAUGGAACAGAUGAGAAUACGAGUUUAUUUGAUGUAAAGGAAGACAGUGUACCAAAUUUAUGUGGUGGGGCAGGCAGUCAGUGGUACUUCGGAGAUUUUAAUGGAGAUGGAAGAACUGACGCAGUUUGUAUUGAAUUAGAUGGAAAUGUUGCAAUUGGACAUACAACAACUUCUGGUUCCAUGACAGAACUACAUUGGAAAGGUCGAAUUUCACCUUGUGCCAGUGCAGAUAUUUACUUCGGAGACAUUAAUGGGGAUAGAAGAGAUGAUUUUGUUUGUAAAGACAGCGUAAGAAGAAAGCUAAUCAUCAGAUACACAACAGAAGCUGGCGUGUUUGGAGACAAGGAGGUUGAUGGCGGAAGCUUCUGCACCGAUCCUUCAGAUAACCUAUUUGCAUUGGACGUAGAUGGAACGAGAACAAUGGACCUACUCUGCCACUUCGCAGAUAGUCAUAUAGAAUUAAGACUGAAUUCGAACUUUCGACCUUUCUAGAUUAUUCUGUAUUGGCACUCU